CAAACGUCACAGGAUUUCGAGCGAUAUAUGCAUGAUCUUAUUAUUGAAAAUGCACAGAACAAAACUCGAAGCUACACACUGGAGAUUGCAAACCGUCUUUACAUACCAAUAUCAAAAUUAAAAAAUGCAUUUAUAACAGUUGCGGAGAAGUAUUAUGCCGGACAGAUCAAACGCUUUGACUUUUGCGCAAAUCCUGUAGCAUUGUUCCAGGAAGCAAAUGAGUGGGUGAGCAAUAUGACGCAUGAAAUGAUCACUUCAGUUAUUCAAGCGAGCGAAAUUUCAACGGAAUCACACCUGAUGUUGCUCAAUGCAAUACCAAUGAUGGCAACGUUUGGAUAUUUUCCGAUUUUCGAGGAUGAUGAGGUGCAAGUGCUAGCGAUGCCAUAUGAAGGCGAUGAAAAUAUGAAUAUGUACAUCAUUUUACCGCGAAAACACUCCAGUCUAGAGGAUGUUGAACGCAGUCUGAAUGGUUCAAAGAUGAUGCACUACUUUCAAAAUUGCAAAGCAUCAAAGGAAUUUUAUGUGCGAAUGCCUAAGUUCGCAUUGGAAAGCGAACUGGAUCUGGUUGAUGUACUUGAAAGUAUGGGAAUUAUAAAGGCAUUCGCCGGAAUAGCUGAUUUUACCGGCAUGGCAUUUUACUGGCCACUCUUCAUCAAGCAAGCGAAGCACAAGGCCGUUAUUGAGGUGAAUGAAGAGGGGGGAGAAGCAGUAGUAGCAGCAGCAGCAGCAGCAGUGGAUGAGGUACGCAAUUCGAAAUUCAUCGCCGAUCACCCAUUUCUGUUUGUAAUUGCCAAAGAUGAGAAAGAUAUCUUCUUUAUUGGUCGCUUUGCUGGCUAG